UUAUGAAUUACUACACGUGGUGUUGUUGAUACUAAUAAUUAGAGAAAAAUAAAAAGUAUUUAGCAAAAUGGGUGGAAAACGGGAAAGACAUGAGUCAGAGGGGUCUUUACCUGAUGAUAUAGAAGAGGAUGAUGAAGAUGUUCUUCAAACGUUAACAGCACAGCAAAGGGAGGUAACUGGAGAACCUAUGAAGAAGAUGACUAAGAAAGAAAGAGAAAAGUUGUAUAAAGAGCCAACAGUUGAAGAGUUAAAUCAGAUGAAAGAAACAGAAAAUCUAUUCCACUCAAAUCUUUUUAGACUACAGAUAACUGAAGUGUUAAAAGAAGUUUCUUUGAAAGAAAAACACAAGAGACAAGCAGAGAAAUUGAUAUCAACAUUGAAAGAAACAAUUCUAGAUAUACCAGCUAGUGAACAAUAUGAUUUGAAAGACACAAAGUGGUUAACAAAACAGAAAGUAAAACUACCUAUACAUCAGGCAUCAAGUUGUAUGAAGGGAAAGUUUCAGUUCUUACCUCCCUUGUCUGUUAGAAUUAUUGGUAGUUAUCUACUAGAUACAGUUGUUAAACCAGAUACAGUCGUUGAUCUAAUGGUGGAGAUGCCAAAGGCCUGUGUAUCUGAAAAUGACAGCCAGAACCACCGUUAUCUUAGAAAGAGAGCUUUAUAUCUGGCUUGCAUAGCAACACAUCUCAACAAAGAUUCACAGUGUGAACAUUUACGGUUUACAUAUCUCCAUGGCAACCAUCUGAAACCCAUUCUGGUCGUCACUCUAAAAGGAGAUAGUCGACCAAUCACAGUACAUAUACAUGUUGUUAUGUCCAGUGAUGCCUUUAAUCCCGAGUUAUUUAACAUCAAUAAAUGUAACGUCAAUACAAAAUGGUGGAAAGAUGUCACUCAACUAGAGGAUAAAGAUGAUGUCGUAUUAAAACCUACUCCUAUAAGUAAUAUGGCUGUAUUAGAAGAUUUAACUCUCCAACAAAAUACAGAUCACCUGGAGAAAACAUUGACUGAUUUAUCAGGUUUUACUGAGGGGAUCAAAUUACUCAAGAUUUGGUUACGACAACGUGAGUUGGAUAAGGGUUAUGGUUAUUUCAACAGUUAUAUUAUGACUAUGUAUGUGGUAUAUUUAUUGUCUCAACGUCUACUCAAUAAAAUGAUGAGUAGUUAUCAAGUAUUUAGAAGUACUCUGAUACAGUUAGCUCGUAGUGAUUGGUUGAGUAAACCACCAUCAUUGUAUCGUAAUAAGAAAUCUGGUACUGAUACAAGGGAGAAAGAUAUGAUGUCAGUAUUUGAUGUGGUCUUUCUAGAUACUACUGGUCUCGUUAAUAUUUGUUCAACUCUAAAUAAAUCUCUCUUUCAAAGGGUUAUUCAUGAAGCCAAGUUAUCGGCUGAUUAUUUAACUGGUAAAACAAGUGAAGCUUUUGAUCUUCUCCUGAUGACUCCAGUUACCUUUGAUAGAAAGUUUGAUUAUUGUUUCCAUAUAGAGAAUAUCCGACCUAUGGUAGAGAAGGGUGAAGAAUUGGGUGGUAUACACAAGAUGGUAGAUAAUGGUGGACACUAUUUACAUGCUUAUCUACCAGCUGUAUUAAAUAUCUUACAGAAAGCUCUAGAUAAACGAAUAUAUUUAAUACAAUCUAGAGCUUGUCCUACUCCACAGUGGGAUAUAAAUGAAGAAGUAAGAACAUGUGAUGGUAUAGAGAGAGUAACUAUAGGUAUAUUAGUUGAUACACUUGUAUCUGUUAGAGCUGUUGAAAAGGGUCCAGCUGCCGAUUCUCCGCAGGCACGAGGAUUCAGAGAAUUUUGGGGUGAGGUGUCUGAAUUACGAAGAUUUCAAGAUGGCAGUAUUUGUGAAGCUAUUGUCUGGUCAAAAGGUUCAAGCUACAGAAAGAAAAGACUGGUUUCUUCUAAGAUAGUUCCUUAUAUUUUAAAGAAAUACGCUGGUAUAGAUAUUGAUGAUAUCAGAUUUAUUGGUGAAGAAUUUGACAUACCGUUACAUCUACCGUUUCCCAAACAGCCUGAUUUACCAGUUUAUGGUACAGGGGAGGAACAACAUGCAGUACUGUUACAGACGUACGACUCGUUACGUAAAUCUUUACGUGCCCUACCUGAUUUACCGUUACGUAUAAAUACUAUACAAGGUAUCCAUCCUGUCUUCAGAUUUACUGAUGUAUUUCCAGUGAUGGCAUUAAAUCAGUUUAAAGAAACAAAGAAGAUUGGUGAUAAAUAUUUCCCUACUAGAUCUCAAUCUGCUCCACCGUUUCACCCUGUUUUACCAGUUAUGUGUGUAUUGGAAGGAAGUGGUAAAUGGCCUGAUAAUAUAGAUGCUAUAAAGAGAUUGAAGGCAGCUAUUUAUAUUCAAAUAUCCAAAGGUUUAAGCACUGACAAGAAUUUAAAAGUUUAUCUUCAUGCCACCUAUAUAGACAUCAUGAAGGAUGGUUAUGUGUUCCGUAUAACUAUAUCAGCUUUAAGAGAAUUAAGUAUAUUGAAAUCUACAACUAGUAAAUCUGGUAUGUUACGUGUACAGACUACAGAUCAAUCAAUGGAGUUUGAAAAAACAGUGAUAGCUUUACCUAAACUUACCAGUACUAUACAUGGUAUUUAUCAACAACAUAAUACAGUGAGUUGUGCUGUAAGAUUAGCUAAACGAUGGGUUUCAGCCCAGUUAUUAUCAGAUCAUAUACCUGAGUUAGCUAUAGAAUUAAUAGUAUGUCAUAUUUAUCUUACACCAGCACCUUAUACUAAACCAGGAUCUCCAGGGGCUGGUUUCCUACGAUUUUUACAAUUAUUAUCUACCUUUGAUUGGAAGAAUACGCCAUUACUGAUAAAUCUGAAUACAGAAUUUACAGCUGAAGAUUUUAUUGAUAUACCAGCUCGAUUCCAGAAAGAAAGAGAAAAAUUUCCUCUCAUGUUUCUGUCUACACCAUACGAUAGAUGGAGUAGUUACUGGACGACGGAGAAACCAACAGCUAUGAUCCUCAGUCGUCUGGCUGUUCUAGCCAAAGAAUCUUUAACUUUACUACAAGAUCAAGUUCUGAAUCCUUCGGCUGAAGAUGAUAUUAAGCAAGUAUUUCGACCACCAUUAGAAUCGUAUGAUGCUUUGAUUCAUCUUAAUACAUCUCUCUUACCACGAUCCUACCAAGCUAUAGAUAAUCCUCGAGAUAAACUUGUACCAGAUGUAAAAGAUGCUGACGAUAAAACAUUUCCUCUCAUAGAUUACGAUACUUGUCAGUUAUACCUACACGAAUUAAGGGAGAUUUAUGAUGACGUAGCUUUAUUCUUUUAUGAUCAGUUCGGUGGAUCGUGUAUUGGGGUUUUAUGGAGACCUAAUGUUUUUCAUAAAAAAGAUGUCAAGGUACCGAAUCUAUGUAAAAGUAAGCCAUCUACCAGAGGAGAUGAUGUUGUGCUUGAGUGUAAUAUAGACGCUAUAAUUGAAGACUUUAAAAUUCUAGGAGAACAAUUAGUUAAGAGUAUAGAUGUAAGGAGACGUUGAUAUAUCGUCGACAAGUCAUUGACGAGGAUGGUGAACUUUUAUUUACUUGAUGUUGAACAGCAAAGUUUGGAAGAAAACUUGUAGACACGAAAUGAAAUAAAAUCUGGUUUAACGUUCUACUGUUCUACUCCGACUAGGCCAUACAGUGUGCUAUGAGGGAAAUAUUGCCUGCAACAUGUAGACACAUGUACAUUUUACAAAAUAUAAACAUUGUACCUGUUGAUGUUUAUAGAUACUUUUGCAAUAUUACAUAUAUAUGUAUUUUUUAUUAAGAAAAAUAUUCUUACAAAAUGAAUAUUUCUGGUAUGCACUUAGAUAAUUUGCCAGCCCCCAAGAAAGUCACCCCCGAUGUACAAUUUGAUUGUGUUUGAAGAUUGAGAAUAAAUCUAUUCAAGUUGGAUCUAGUAUAAUUGCUGAUGGGGACAACUGCUGACGGAAGAGACAAUUGUUCUGCUUCCAUACAUAGCUAUAUGAAUUACAGGCCAGUAUAUUGUAGGUAUAUAUAAGAAUAUGUUAAAACUAUAUAUAUAUAUAUAUAUAUUUCAUUACAUUAAAAUGAACUGGUAAAUAACUACAGUAUAUUUUCAAUAUGAUGUUGGUUGAAACAUAAGAAUGCUUUCCAGCAGGAUUUUUAAUAAAGCCUUGAUGUGAAGUAUUUAGUAGUGUUGUUAAACCGUAGAUAUAAGCAGCCAAAUUUAAAAGUGUUAUUUUGAAUGGGUAUUAUAGAAAUGUGUUUAAUAGUGCUAAUAAUUAAAUACUGCUGUAUAUAAAUAUAAUGUAUGUUAAGACUUUAGCACUCAAUCGCCCAAAUCACCCAGUGACCCCAACUAGGGCUUCUUAGACCAAACCACCCAGCGGCCUCAACUAGGGCUCCUUAGACCAAACCACCCAGUGACCUCAACUAGGGCUCCUUAGACCAAACCACCCAGUGACCUCAACUGGGGCUCCUUAGACCACCCCUAACCACCCUUGUGACAUGCAGCCAGUGCAUGCUCAAAGAUCCUGGAAUUUCCCUGUGGGGGGGAGGGGGGCAUAAAUAUCUUCAAAAAUUUGUUACAUCAGCAUUGAUAUCUAUUUAAUUUUAUUUUACCUCAGCAUGGCCAGCAUUCUUGCAUCGGAGCCCCUGAUCCGAUACAUGAAACCCUGCUCAGGCACAUAUGAAUUCUCUUGGUUCGGUAAGGUCAUGAUUCUACUUGUACUUCUGAUAUCGUGUCUGGCAGAACUGUCUUUGGAAUUAAUUCCAUUUCACUUGACUGCAAGUUUAUCAAUUUGGAAUCACCCCCCAAUACCUCCCAUCUACACAUCAAUAAUCUAUUAUGUAAUAUUGUUAAUGAAUUAAAUGUUCACAUAAUAAAAUGAAAUGACAAUCU